GUAACUAGACUUUUUAAAAGUAGGUGCAUAAAAUUCCUAGUUCGAAUAAUUACCUCGCUACCUAUAUAAAUUAUUGAUCAAUAAUUUGAAUUUUAUCUGCAGCAUGAUUUCAAAUCGGACUACUCUUCCAAACAUCAAUCAUAGUAAGAAAUAUACCUACCUACGAGUACGUUAACUUCAAACGAAUCAUUGAUUCAGUAUUUAUGCAAACUCAGCUCACACUAAUUCCUUACAAAUUAUUCUUGUAUACUUCUUUUUCAUCAAGAAAUGUAUCUAUACCAAAAAUUACUGCUCACCAUAAUAAUACCAGUACUCGUAGUUUCGAGCUUCGAUCACUUUCAAGAUGGUCAAGGACAAAAAGUUGAAGUUCCGCCAGAAGCAGAGGACUUCAAUGAAACAACUACAUCAGGUAAGGCAUAUCUCGAGACGUUUAUUGAAGCAGCACUGAACGAAAGAUUUGAAAAUGAAUCGAAUAAAUAUUGGUCGGUACAAGAAGCACGAAAAGUUAUAAUGAAAUAUGACGGCGAUUAUGAUCCUAGAUUUGCAAAAAUUAUUGAUCAACAAUCUUACACAUUUAGUAAUGGUACUUACAAUACGAUCACUCCUGAUACACAACAAAUCGUACGAGUAUACAAAUGGCGAACAAAUGUUGAGGAUUUCUCCUUCUGCUGCCAUUUUGCAGCCGAAGAUAUACGACGAACGAUAUCCAUCUUGGAUAAAAACCCAACUAUUGAAACACCUGCAGCAUUAACUAAUUUACGUAAUGCUGAAGAAUUCAUCUGGCUGGUGUUUGAAUUUUUGAACGAUACCAUACCAUACGACACAGCUUCUAAUGAAUAUAUCCAAAUGUCUAAAUGGAACCACAGCUGGAAUAACUGGUAUGGAUUAUCAAUCAAUUUUCCUAAUGUGCUGGCUUAUUAUAUGAUGGUUCCUUUUAAAGUACGCCAAAUAAAAUCUAGUGAAAUCCUCACCAAUAUACACAAAAUAAUUAAGACACCGUACAGAAGUUUAUCGGCUAAUCGUGAUGGCGCAAAUGCCAUAAGUAUGUUCGGACCAUGGCUCAUUGGGCAAAUCUAUACUUUCAAUUGUGAUGAAAAAGAAUUCAAGACAAAUAUACUCGAAAGAUCAGCGGUGUAUGAUAACAUUACAUCGGAUAUUAGUUUGCGUUACCGUCAAAAACACUUGGAGAAAGGACUUCAUCGCGAUGGAACAUAUAUAUCGCACGCAACUGUUCUUGGCUUUGGUUAUUUGAAAUUAUUAUCGUCGAGGAUUACCUUGUACGCGUACGCAUUUGACAAAACGUUGAAAUACGAGUAUACACCUCCACGGCAUUGGAAUCGAGCUGCGGCGCUGCUACUUCAUCAACACGUUGCUCGUGGCCCUCCUGGUAUACUCAAUCGAGGUAGUAGUUUCAUUUCUGAAACUAAUUCAGCAGCAUUGCUGGGUUGUAAAAUAAUGCCACUAGCUCGAAUUUUACGUGUCAAUGCGCACCAGUGCAGAUUCUUUGCGCGGGGUGUAACUGCUGGUCUUGGUUUCUUCGAGGCAGAUAAAAGUAGCGACUUGUAUUCUCAAUACUGGGUUCAAUCGCGCAUUCCAUACCAUGUGAAUUCCAGCAGCCGAAUUCCGGAAUUUAAAUACGCGUACGGUUUAAUAUUUUCCACAGAUCACGAAGAUUACAUCCAACUGAAAUCUCGAGCAACAACUACAGACAUUUACUAUCCCACCAAUGAUUCGUGGUGUUUGGUUGGGAGCUUUGGUUGGAACGCUGCGGAUAGGCAAGAGUUUCUGCGACAAAAUUAUUCGAUAAAUGAGUACGGCAAAUAUCGUGUCUACGAGUAUAUUCGUUAUGCGCAUCAUGUUGCAAAACAAGUAGUCAUAAAUUUAGAAAUUGAUAAUCGUCAAGGGGAUAAAGAAUUGCGUAUUCGAUAUAGUUUAGUCGAAGUAGAUCCUCAUGUGAUUGACGAUACUUAUAAGAAUAACUUGCGAGUGUUGAAAAUUCCAAUAGGGACUGUUGCACGUCUGCGGCAUAUUGUGAACUUGGAGAGUUGUAAGAUCAGUACGACGGUUCUUGACGAAAGUAAUAUGCCCAAACCAAUGUGGUCAGAUAUUGACACUAAACGGAAGAUUUUAUUUUCAUAUGAAUACCUGGACCGUAACGAUACGUGGAUUUUGAAUACAAAGGACAAUGUAGUAUCGUCGUCUGUUUCAGGCGUGUAUUCGUGUGCCGCUCCUUUGCCCGAUGAAUUGGAAGAAAAAUAUAUUCGUAAUAAUAAAUUUGUCUUUGAGGACCUCGAUCGAAACACAUAUAUAAGAGCUCCUGAAACUAGCCUCUCUUACAGAUCUCAAGAUUAAAAGAAAAGAUCAUUUUUUCUGAAAGCUUUAUAGCUCGAGCUCUCAGCUCAGAGGCGGCAGAAGGUGUAUGCCAGUUUUUUUGCGAUACGUCAAACUUCUUGCCAUGGGGCAGUUUUUUUCAAAAUAAAAAACUGUGUAAGUACAUGAGAUGGUAUCACAGAGCUCGUACUAAGUGACUGAUUAAACUUUUGGGUACCAACUUACUUUUCCAAAAUUUUAGAAUUAAAGUUGUCUACUUAUAUGUACCAGAGCUGUGAGUCCCUAAUGAUUUUGGGAUUGGGUUUUGGUUUUGGGAUCAAAAUUUAUUCAUUUUAGGAUUGGAUUUGUUUAGUUUGUUCUUCUAAAUUUUUAUUUUGGUUUCAGGAUUGGUUUCAGAAUUGAAAAAAUUGUUUUGGUUCCAGGAUGAAUUGGUUCCAGUUUUGGGAUUUUCAUUUCAACCAAUUUUAAGCCAAAAUUGACUAAUGAACCCUGCAAAGGGUCUAAAAAUGAGAGGUUUUGACAUGAGGAAUCUGAUGGUGUAAUUAGUUCAAUGUUUUAAAUGCAUAUUUUGCUCAAUUUGUCUAGGAAUUUCUAUUACAAUCUGAAUGAAUGAUGAUAAAAUCAUCAACCUUUUAGCUAUAUAGACGGCUACUC